AUGCGUCCCAACGCCAUCGCGAUUCUCAUGACCUUCCUCGCUGUAGGCGGGCUAGAGUGUACAGAAGCCCAUGGGGCCCCCGGGGCGCAGGUAGCUCAACCGAGUUGGUACUUUCCGCGGAUAUUCAAGAAAAUGGCCCGUAGUAAGGCCCAGUGGAACGAUGAUUCUGACCCUGGCUUGCUCGUAAACGGGGACUUCAACAACACGACCCUUACUCAGAUCUCUUCAUUGGUUACUCCAACUCCGAUGAGCUCGUCCGCGGCUCAGGCAUUGACUGUACAGGAAGUCGUUGCUGGGACCAUAUCUGUUGACCCUCAGGCUUCCGUGAUUACCCAACAUGUUACUGGUAGUACGACCGUCGGUGGUGGGUUGACCGCUACCCCCACCACAUACACCGAAAAUACGGAAGGUUUGAGCACCAAAAUCAACAUACAGAAGAGUCCCGAGGCCAUCCUUCUCACCGCGGAAAUCAUGGGCAAACAAGAAUCGGCCCUUGACCUGUCAAUGAAGGCUUCAACUAAGCCUGCUUCAGAUUAUUUGGCCACCACCUUCACUGACGGUCUCGAUGUCUUGGGCUCAAGCUUGGGCAUUGCUUUUAGUAGUUUACCCAGUAUCUUCACAUCUUCGUCUGUCCUGGCCUCCACAACUGAGUUAAUGGACAAGGGGCGGACUAUGUCCCCUUCUUGUCCAUCAACCAUUAGCGGCUCAGCCUCUACAAUGCCCUCUAUAGCUGGUUCCUCGAUUUCUUUGAGUACCGAAUUCAGCAAGGCUAGCAGCUCGAAUGGUGCAAGCUUAACUACUGCAGGCACGAGAUCGCAACAUCUUGGAGUUUUGGUUCUAAGUGACAAGGCUUUUGCUGGAGAUAGCACCCCUGCCACCUUGUCUUCUGAUACAUCUAAUCUGCAUAAUAUUCCAAGCAGCAUACCAACUUCCGCAACUAGGUCCCCGCCGAAGACUGCCGUUCCCAUUGCAGCGUCAAUUUCUCGUGAUCCGCUCAGUGGUCUUGCAUCUGGCGUUGAUACUAUAUCUGGUGAUACCCCAUCAAGAACUGACAGCACAGCCUUGGUUCCGAUCAUGCCGAUGCCUGAUAUGAGUCUUCUUACUGUCAAUUCGACUAGGCCCGCUCCUAUCCUGGGACCCGGGGUUAGCACAACUGCUAUUAUCCCGACCCCCGCCCGCGCCAUUGGAAAACCUCAUAUCCAGUACUCGGCUAGGUCGGAUAAUUUCUCUAUUGCCGCCUCUGAUACUGCCUCUAGCACUGCCUCUAGUACUGCCUCUAGUACUGCCUCUAGUACUGCCUCUAGUACUGCCUCUAGUACUGCCUCUAGUACUGCCUCUGAUACUGCCUCUAGUACUGCCUCUAGCACUGCCUCGAGUACUGUCUCUGAUCCUGACCCGAGUACUGCCUCUAGCACUGCCGCUAGUACUGGCUCGAGUACUGCCUCUGAUUCUGGCACUGGCACUGUCUCUAGCACUGGCUCGAGUACUGCCUCGAGUACUCCCUCUGAUCCUGGCUCGAGUACUGGCUCUAGCACUGCCGCUAGUACUAGCUCGAGUACUGCCGCUGAUACUGCCUCUGAUACUGUCUCUAGCACUGCCUCGAGUACUCCCUCUGAUCCUGGCUCGAGUACUGGCUCUAGCACUGCCGCUAGUACUGGUUCGAGUACUGCCUCUGAUUCUGGCACUGGCACUGUCUCUAGCACUGGCUCGAGUACUGCCUCUAGUACUCCCUCUGAUCCUGGCUCGAGUACUGCCUCUAGCACUGUCUCUAGCACUGCCUCGAGUACUACCUCUGAUCCUGGCCCUAGCACUGGCUCUAGCACUGUCUCUAGCACUGGCUCGAUUACUGUUAUCGGCUCUCACGAGACCCCCAAGACUCACACACCCACCUCUUACCCGUCUUUUACUUCUAUCCCUGUGUCGGACAGCUAUUUGAGAAUGUCCAAGAGCCCAGAGGAACCCCGGACCACGCAAAAUGAUGUAGCCACGCUUCUCACCUCCUCCAAUGACAACGACUGGAUGCCAUCUACCAUCCUAAUUAUGCCUAAGGUUACUCCCACUGAGGGCUCUACCUCCCGCCAGACCGAGGAACCCAAGGCGACAUCUCUCCCUGACUCUAUAAUUUUACCAAGUGGAGUUAGAAAGGCUCCAUCCAACUCGAUAUUACUUCAGCUGGGUUUUAACAGCCAGCUCCCAUGGUCAUUUGUCGUGAAUACCCCUUUGUCAUCAUCGCAAAUUCUCAGAUACACUCCUCAGGCCAUUGUGAAUGCUCUGCCAACUCUCUCUGCAGAUGAUACCCCAAUCAUGUUUGCUCUCCAGCCUUAUUACAACUGGCAGGCCACAGGCUACAACGCCACCCUUUCUAUAUUCUACUUCCCUCAAGAUAAGGUCGAUGCACUGAGAACUCUCAAAGUCAACCCCAACUCGGCUCUGUACAACCAGACUGCAGAACCUAUCCAGUCACUGAUGACCAUGAUCGACCAGACAAUCCCUCUCGAGUACUCUGGAAGCUACCCCAGCAGUGCCAAUAGUUCUACUAGUGGCGGCAGGGAUGGUGGUAGCUCGGACGGUAGCGAAAACACCAACAGUGAUGGCUCCGCCAGCAGCUCCAAGGCCAGUCCGAGCUCCAUUGCAAUAGGUGUCGGCGUUGUGGCUGGUGCCGCUGCUUACGGUGCCGGUAUGUUUUGGGUUGCCCGCCGCUACCACAAAAGAAAGCAGCUCCACCACAGCACAACCUCAGCAGUUGAGCAGACUGCGGGACCGGUGCUCGCUUCUGAUUGUAGUGUACCCAGUCAGGGCAGCCGCACAACUGCUCGCUCUCGGACGAUUAGCGCUCCGGCUAUGGCAGAGAACUCAUUAGGGUGGAGCUAG